AUGGGCACUUUCAACCGAACAAGAGUGACUGAAUUUAUCUUCUUGGGACUCACUAAUAACUGGAUGUUGGAGAUACUGUUUUUCAAUGCAUUCUCAGUGACUUAUGUGCUAAUCCUUUUGGGGAAUAUGCUCAUUGUCAUUACCAUAAUCUUUACUCCACGUCUCCAUACCCCCAUGUAUUUCUUCCUGAGCAAUCUGUCCUUUAUUGACAUCUGCCAUUCAUCUGUCACUGUGCCCAAGAUGCUGAAGGAUUUGCUUUCAGAGAGAAAGACCAUUCCCUUUGACAACUGCAUUGCACAGCUCUUCUUCCUACAUCUUUUCGCCUGUGCUGAGAUCUUUCUGUUGACUAUCAUGGCUUAUGAUCGAUAUGCAGCUAUCUGUACUCCAUUACACUACCCCAAUGUGAUGAACAUGAGAGUCUGCCUAGAGCUUGUCUUUGCUUUUUGGAUCGGGGCUACUGUUCACUCACUAGUGCAGACCUUCUUGACCAUUCGUUUACCUUAUUGUGGCCCCAACAUUAUUAAUAGCUACUUCUGUGAUGUGCCUCCUGUCAUCAAGCUGGCCUGCACGGAUACGUACCUCACGGGAGUGCUGAUUGUGUCCAAUAGUGGAACCAUCUCCCUCACUUGUUUCUUGGCUUUGGUUACCUCCUAUAUGGUUAUCCUGGUUUCUCUUCGAAAAAAGUCAGCUAAAGGGCGCCGGAAAGCCCUGUCUACUUGCUCUGCCCACUUCAUGGUGGUUGCUCUCUUCUUUGGGCCAUGUAUCUUCAUCUACACUCGGCCAGACACCAGCUUCUCCAUGGACAAGGUGAUCUCUGUCUUCUACACAGUGGUUACCCCUUUGCUAAAUCCCCUCAUUUACACCUUAAGGAAUGAGGAGGUAAAAAGUGCCAUGAAGCAGCUCAGGCAGAGACAAGUAUUUUUCAUGAAAUCUUAUACAUGA